AUGUCUGAGGACGACGUCGUUCGCAGUUACACAUUUAGUAAUCCAAGAACACACGAAAUUCCCGUGUACACCAGAAAUGCAUAUUCCAGGCAACAAUUACUUGAUCUCAGGCACGCUGAUCGGCCACCCGUGGCGGUGGGGGCAUCAAGGGCGUCCAUAGAAACCAUGUCAACGGUGAUAGUCACUGAAGAAGGAACGGAUUGCAGUAUAUGCUUGGAAAGCUUCAAAGUCUCUGGUGAAGCCAAGGAGAUGGCUUGUACGCACAGGUUCCACUCCGACUGUAUUGAAAACUGGCUGCGAAUGCGUGCUUCUUGCCCACUUUGCAGGUUCACCAUGCCCGUGAACUCGGACGAAGAGGUGAAUAGUCAAUUGCACGAGUGA